AUGUCACGAAAAUGUAAGACCGUGUAUACGGCAGUUGCAAGGCCUUACAGUAAAUGUGUAAACGUUGGUAAUUGGUUUGAGGAAAGGGCUUUGGAAGAACACCUUCUAAAAGAUUACCUCUACAAGAGAGAGAACAACAUGCUACUCUGGCAAAACCUUGACCGCCUCAAAAAAACGUGCUUCAAAGAUGUGCCAUUAAGCUACUCAAGAGACCAGCUAGUCAGGUACGGAGACAGGGUGAUGUUGGUUAACCUGCCGAUCACUAAUCCGGCCCAGAACAUCAAAACCCUCUGUAUGCAUGUUCCAGAAUCUGUUCUAUACUGCGGAUGCCUAGAUCCCAGUUUUAUGGAUCGACCAAUUACGGAGCUGUGUGCUAGUGAAAACAUUCUAUCGCCUGUCAACUUUUCUACCUUCGUCAUCAGAGGGCUGACGGCGGCAUUAGAUGGUACGCCAGUGAGAUUCGGAGAAGUUGUCUUCUUUUACACCUUUAAUGAGAAGUUGUUGCUCUCAAGUGUCAAAAAAACACCAAUUUUUCGACUUCGAAACAUGUCGGAGAAUAACUGGGUGGUCCUGACGAAUGAAUGCAAUUACAACUGUAGGUUCCGUUUGGUACCUUUUGAUAAAAGCGAAAGAUUGGAGCUUGAUGGCGAGCCUGUUAAGGCCAAUGCCAGAUUGCUAGUAAACCACGUCGAGACCAAUGAAAAUCUAUGCGUAGAAAAUGAUAUACUCAGAAGCGCCUUCAACACAGUCUACGAUGUCGAUGAAUCCGUCAGUGGGAGUCAUGGGAAUGGUGGGGAACAUUACAAGUGUGGAGGAUCGCAUAUGGAAAAAUGA